AUGCAAGCAGCAAUUCAUAAUUGCUUUCCUGAUGCACAGGUCACUUUCAAUUACCACAACAGAACUCCCGAAAAGAAGCUUAAUAAAAAGGCAAUUGAUUGGCUAAAGCAGCAGAUUAAAUUGUUGGGAGAUUUGAAGUUCUCUGAGGAAGAAAUCGAAUAUCUUCGGAAAGAAAUCCCUUUUCUUCCUUCUCAGUAUUAUGAUUGGCUCAAGACGUUACGAUUGAGACCUAAAGACCAGGUGAUAAUGAACGAUGACCCUGCUCAGUUCAGUAUAAAAAUAUUGGGGAAAUGGGACGAGGUAACUCUCUAUGAGAUCCCUUUGUUGUCUCUUGUGUCAGAAGCAUAUUUCCGAUUUGUCGUUACCGGCUGGACGUUAGAUGAACAGUUUGGAAUAGCCAAGAAAAAGGCUCUUGAGCUUUGCCAGCACGACUGUGCAUUCAGCGAAUUUGGUGCUCGAAGGAGGCGUUCUUUGGAGACUCAAAAAGUUGUCAUGGAAGGUCUCAUCGCAGGUGCUAAAGAAGCAGGUAAAGAACACCUACUGUUGGGUACAUCAGACGUUUAUUUUGCAAAGAUGUUUGGUCUCAAGCCAAUGGGAACUAUUGCUCAUGAAUGGAUGAUGGGAAUUGGUGCUAUAACUCAGGAUUAUGAAAAUGCCAACAAGGACGCCAUGGAUUGCUGGCUAAGGACUGUGGGAAACAGCCAUGCAGGCUUGGCUCUUACAGAUACCUUUGGCACAGACGUAUUUUUAAGGUGUUUCAAGCCUCCUUACUCUGAUUAUUACGUUGGUGUUCGCCAGGAUUCUGGUGAUCCACUGAAGUUCGCUGAAACGAUUGCUCACCAUUACCAUGAUGUCUUGAAAUUACCGAGAUUCUCAAAGUCAAUCUGCUUCAGUGACUCUUUGAAUGUUGAUAAGUGUAUAAAGUACAAGCAGAAGGCAGAUCAAGUUGGAAUGAAGUGUUCGUUUGGUAUUGGUACCAAUUUGACCAAUGAUUUUCCCGAUUCCAAGCCAAUGAACAUUGUUAUCAAAAUCGACAGUGCCAACGGUAACCCUGCCAUUAAGAUCAGUGAUAACCUAGGAAAAAAUACAGGAGAUCCGGAGACCGUGAAGAGAGUGAAGAAGCUCUUGGGAUAUGAGGAAGAGGACUGGUCCGAAGGAGACGAGAAACACAGAUGGGACUAA